GGGACAUCUGUAUUGUUCAAGAAUCUUGGGGGAUUGGCGGGAACUUUGGGGUAGUUUUCAGACUAGGAUUAUUUGCUAUUAAAAUCAAGACUUUUAUGUUCAGUUUUUUUUUUUUUUUUAUGUAACAUUGCAAGAAAGAAAAGGGCACUAGAUAGAUAAGUGUGAGUCUCAACAAUUAUUCUUAUAGGAGAAAAUCUGGAGAAGAGAUAUAGGUCUUCAGUUUUGAAGAAUUAGAAUUGAAAUAUGCUAUAACCACUUCAAUUUAUAAUAUGGAUCAUUUACCAGUGUCAGUGGAUCCAGAGUCAGAUAAUUCUCAAAGUAAUUUGUCAGAUGUGGCCACAGAGACGUUUGGAAACACUGCACUUAAAUUUAUUGAUGAAUACACAAGACAGAAGAAAAGACACAGGGAACUUUUCGAAAAUUUAUUUAAGAAGUAUGAGAACAUGGAAGUAUCUGGAUUAAAAAUACGUCUGGAGGACAUUCCGGAUAUAAGGAAGGAGAAAAGAAGGAAGACAAAAGGGAACAAAAAGAAGUCUUGCAGUGUAAAAAAAGAUUCAUUAGUCACAGACACGAGGAUUAAACACAAAGGAAACUCUGAGGCACAUGGAAUGACUGAAUGGCAAGCUGAAAUGGAAAGUGAAUCUGACAGUAUUACAGAUGUGCUUGAAAUGCAAGAUAUAUCUACAGUGUGUAGUAAUUCAGAUACGUUGCCUAGGCAAUAUUUUCUUGAACAACAAAUGAAAAGAUUUGGAGCUUUCAUGCAAGACGAACUCAUUGCUUGUAAUAACUUUCAGCAGUCUGAAAGGAAAAUUGAAGAAAAGCAACCCAAAGAAAGAUGCAAAGAAUCCAAAAGAAAACGGCUGCCAUUCAGAAAAGAAUCAUUCACAACACAAUUAGUAAAAAAAAAAAGCAAAUCUGCCAACAUUACAGAAGCGGAUGAAAUAUCAGUUGUAUCUACAGCUGGUUUUAACUCAGCACAAAAGAAAAACAAAUCUGCCAGCAUAUCAAAAGGGCAUGACACAUCAGAUUUAUCUGUAGGAAGUAUUAAUUCAGUUAAAAAGAAAAGCAAAUCUGCCAACAUUACAGAAGUGGCUGAAACAUCCGAUUUAUCUACAGUUGGUUUUAACUCAGCACAAAGGACAAGAAAACCUGCCAGCAUAUCAAAAGGGCAUGAAACCUCAGAGUUAUCUGUAGCAAGAAUUAAUUUAGAAUUGAAUAUGGGAAAUGAAAACUGGAAUGAAGAACAUCCUACGGGUCUAGAGUAUGAUAAUGAGGUGGUGAAAGAAACAAAAUCUAAAGAGGGGUCCCUUAUUCCAUAUGUUGUGCUUGAAAAUUACAGAAAAAAUCAAAAAUUGAAUAUGGGAAAUGAAAACUGGAAUGAAGAACAUCCUAUGGGUCUAGAGUAUGAUAAUGAGGUGGUGAAAGAAACAAAAUCUAAAGAGGGGUCCCUUAUUCCAUAUGUUGUGCUUGAAAAUUACAGAAAAAAUCAAAAAUUGAAUGUGGAUAACAGUUCCUGCAAAGAAGAUGUACUUGGUAAUCAGUCACUGAAAAAAUCGAGAUUCAAAAAAGGACAUGUUUUGUUUGCUGACCAUGUUACUAAAUCAAGUUCAAGGAAAAGUGUAAUUUCUAACACUGGUGAAAAUUUUAAAUGUGUAAAUGAUGUUGCUAAAGUAUCUGCUAAUGCCUUGGCCAAAUCUUGGAAAUCUGAAGGAUUUAAGAAACAUCUUUGGCAUGGUAUAGUACCUGUUUGUUCUUUGAGUAGAUCACCACAGACCUCUUCAAGAUCGACACUAGGCUUUGCACCAGUUAGUGCAAUGUCUCCUGUUCCUAGACUGCUCCGCCCUUUGUCUCCCCAAACUUGCUAAAUUUUCCCAACUUGAAAUCCUGCUGCCCAAUGUGGCUGUACUGGUUUCUCUUGCACUGGCUCUGGAUUUCCUACAGCAAAUCUGACAAAAGUGUAGUACCCAUUUAGUCUUUUAGGUUUCCACAGAAUUGCUACAUAUUGCGUGUUAUUUUACAUAUUACAUUUAUUUGUAACAAACCUGAAAAGUAUGCUUAAAGAAUUAAAAAUUUUUUUUUUUUUUUUUUUUUUUUUUUUUGUGUGUGUGUGUGUGUGUGUGUGUGUGUGUGUGUGUGUGUGUGUUUUGAAUCAGUCGCACAAUUCUUAGAGUGAACCUGAAAAAUGUGUAUGUAGGUGAACUUUGCUUUUUAUAAAUAAAAUUGUUUUUAUAUUUCAAA